AUGUCAGCUCUUAAGAAAACCAAUUUGAACUCAAUUGUUCAAUUACGUGCUACGUGUGAUGAUAAUUUACAUGCGUCGUUAUCAGAAUUGGGAUAUACGCAGUCAUUUAGCUUAAUAGACACGAAGCUAGCUCUAGGAUAUCUGACAGUUGUGAUAGCCGGGUUAUUAUAUGUGGUUGAUAAAAAAUUUGGAUUUGAAAAAACUUAUAACGUCACAGUAAUUUCAGUGAUUCUUUAUUUCUUAAUCAGUGCAAUUUUAUUCUAUUUAACAUCUACUAAGAAGUAUAAGAACGUAAAGUACGUUGGCUAUGACGUGAACAAUAAAAAGAUACUGGUCGCAACUUGGACAAAGAAGUAUGAUCCAAUAUAUCACUUGAAAAUUAGAUUUAAUGAUGAAGAAAGCUCGGCCAUUGUCACUAGUUUUGAAUUUAUGAAAGUUUUUGAUGCAUUCGGAUAUUAUAAACAAGAUGAAUUGACUAGGUUGCUUAAAAAUGAAUUGGAGAAGAUCGAUAAAAAGAGUGAUUAG